UCUUAAGCAAUCUAUGGAUAGUGCACAGAAUCUUAAGCAAUCUAUGGAUAGUGCACAGAGUCUUAAGCAAUCUAUGGAUAGUGCACAGAGUCUUAAGCAAUCUAAGGGACCAUUAGAGGUGACCCAUAAAGAAACAGAUGCUAUCUCUAAUCGCAGCAACUCCAAUUCUUCAUGUUCCUCAAAUUUGUCACAAGACUCGGCUGUUAGCAGCAUUUUCCAGAGUGAUCCUCCUGUUCUUCAACCAAAACCAGAUGUUGCUGAGUCUCUUGGAGCUGUGCAAACAGUGGAGAAUCCGUCUAUGGGAUCUCUUAGUAGAAUCCAGAGUUCUUCUAGGAGUUCUUCUCAGAUUCGAUUAUCAGGGGUGCUCGGAAGCCACGAUCCGAAUCGAAUACCAGUAUCAAUCUUCUCUGGUCGGCCAUCAAACCCUAUGGAAUGGAGUACUGCUUCAAAUGAAUCAUUGUUCAGUAUUCAUGUGGGAAACAACAGCUUUUCAAGGGAGCAUUUCAAUUUUUUUACUAAGUCUGGAGAAUUGAUGAUGAACCCCAAUUCAUCCCAGACUCCAUCCAACCUGCCCCCUUUUGUUGAACCAGCAAGAGUUGAGAGUAAAACUGAAGUUGCGGGGAAGACAUUCGUGGAACCAACAACGUCAACUGCACCUCAAAUUCCAGCCACACCAAGUCAAAAUGUAUCAGAUCAUAAAAAAGAAGUCACAACACCUACGGAUGAGCUUCGAGGUCGCCAGAGCGUAUCAAAUGACAGCAUGAAUAGCUCUCGUUCAUUUCAGUUCCCACUAUUGGCAAGUGAAGGUGCAACGCCAAAAACAACCAGCUCUGUCUCAACAGACUCAGGUGUAACAUCACAACAACAACCAGUUUCAAAACUGCAAUCGAAGAAGAGACAAUCAGCGAAGCAUCAACCACCAGAGCUUCAAUCUCCAUCUCAGACCACCUCAACAUCUCCGGCCAUGAAUUCAGGUUCAGGUUGGUUUUCCUGCCUCUCUUGGUGUCGAUGCCGGUGACAGAAUCUCUGCCCGUUGACUGUACUACUUGUUCUACUCACAUAUAUCAUCACAGAGAAAGCUACAGGAGAUGGUAACUUUACACUCUAGCUAAUUAGUUCUCUCUAAUUGAAAAGAGAAACAGAAAGAAAGAAAGAAAAACAUGGGCUUCAGUUGAUUGAUCUCCUUAAGAGUUAGCAGAAGAAUUAGUUUUUAUUGUAAUAAUCCCUUUUGUUCUUCUUUCAAGUUCUUCAUCUGAGGCUGCAUUCUCUAGAUAAUAUACGGCCGAUUGGUGAGAUCUCGAGUGUUUGCUUGUUUGUUUUCUUUUUCUCUGGCUUUGAUUAUAACUAUUAUAUUAUACGGCAACUAAUCUUCCAUUAAAACCUUCAACUCAUUAACACCUG